GGAUCCAUUAUCCUGCAAGUGUGUAUGAACCAUUGGACACCGUCUUACUUUGUAGAGCGAUGAGUUUCUGCCUCAUUGGUGCGAGAAGUGAGCAACGAAAGUCGCUUCAUCAGUAAGAGCUGGAGGCGCCUAGUCAAGCGAUGGGCGCUAAGGCUUAAUUCGGUGUUGAAAUCUUAUUGGCGGCCUCACACCACCUAUACGUGUAGGCAGUGAUCAUACUUAGUAAUAUCAAAACUCGCAACCUCGGCAAAAGACUUUCACCAUGACGAUACAUCCGUCAAGGACUUGUAAUCUGCUUACCGUUCUCCCUCAACCUCCAUGGAGACAGCCUCUGGAUUGGGACCUUAGGAUGACCUGGGAAUGCGAAAAACGUGUAUUCUUCCCGGCAUACGUGAAGCAGCAUGACACUAGUAACCCGUCGCAACGCUCGCUCGGUAGCUUCCCCCAUUUCCAAAGGCUUCCUGCCGAGCUACAGGUUCGCAUUCUUUCUUGCUGUCCAGCGUCAACCCUAUGGCAGCUCAUGCGUGUAUCUUCCACGCUACGCAUCGAAUCUUCGAAACUGUUCUGGGCAAGCCCAAGCGCCUCGUUCCUCCUAUCUGCUGACUGGCUAUUGGGAGGUGGCUACGCUGGACGUACUUAUCACGACCUUUCAUUCCUUCGCCACGUACAGAACGUAGAGAUUGAAUGCCACUGUCUGUACGAUGAGCUUUGGCCAGAACACAAGGCGAAUGAUCCGUUCUGCCCUGAAGACGCACGGCAAGAUGUGGUGGGUAUCAUGUGGACUACUUUGAGGAAGACAUGUCCAACGAUUAAGAGCGUGGUGUUCAACCACCAGAAGAUAAUGUCCUCAAUAGAGUUAGAGGGAGCGGGAAAUGUGCCGGAAUGCUUGAAAGCGUUAAUACAAGCUUGUCCGAGGAACAUCGUUGCAGAAGUAUCCACCGUGGAAGAGAGAGAAGGACGUUAUUGGAACAAUGGCACCUACAGCGAUUUCUACAACGUAGAAUGCAGGAGAGCACACUAUCGGCCUCUGCAGGGUGGAGGCUGGGAGGAACUCGUGUCGAAAGCCAAGCAGGACGCAGUGCUGGUGCCUGGACGACGAUUUCGUGGAAUAGUCGGGCAGUUUGAGAAAAGUUACUUCCUUUUUAGGAGAAGGGUCCUCCAGGAACGUGCAUUCUGGCCCCUUGUUAUCGAAGCUUUGGAUCGAUACCACUUCGAUGAUGGAAGGAAUAAUGCUUUCCAGUGUCCAAACGUAGACUGUGGUUCAGUAUUUACGAAACCAGGUGAAUGGACAAUACAUGCAGCAACUACAAAACACGGUUGGGCCAAAGUAGAGGAUGGUUUAUUCGACAUACUACCCCCAGAAUUGAGAGCUGUAUUUGAGACCAAGUUCAAUCUGAUAGAGGCCAAGCAACAAGCAUCGGAGGAGGAGUCUACUAAGAUGUCUAGGGAUUGGAACGAAGAAGGGGAGGAGAGGAGAAAAGAGAUGGAACAAGAGUUCCUUCAACAACUAGAGAACGAUGCAGAUUGGGCGACAGGGGAGCAGGCAGUGGAUCAUCAGAUCUGGAAAAACUUUAUCAGGGUGAUGCAUCCGGAAUGGAAUGGAUUGUAAUGCUGACCCAUAUGGAUGUGCAUGGCAAUGUGCCAGGGACGCGACGUAUCCACAAAGGACGGGAUCUGCUACAGACUGAAGCAUGCGGGUACCUUGCUGCAGAGGCGGUGUAUUCUGCCGCCGGGAUACCAUCUAGAGUGCACAGGACAAACCAUCGGUCGGUUUCGACUGGGCAGUUCAAAGGGUCGCAUCUUGGUGGUCGGACGAUGCAGGUUUCUGUGCAUCUUUUGGAGUCGCAUAGAUGUAUUGUUGAUUAUAUACGAUCAGUAAUCCCCU